UAAUGCAAAGUCUAUAAAUACCUCACAUGUUCAACUUAUUUUGUCACACACCUUUCUUUUUCUUCUACUUCUAUCUCUCUUAUAACAAUUCAAUUACUCACACUAACAUAAAAACAUAAACAUAAACAUGGAACUAAGUAUCAUGUUAUGUUUCUUUACUUCUAUUCUCUUCAUUGUUCUGUUCAGAAUAUUCAUCAAAUCCUUUGUCUCAAAAAGACAUGACUUGCCACUCCCACCUGGUUCAAUGGGUUGGCCUUACAUAGGAGAAACUUUUCAACUUUAUUCUCAAGACCCUAAUGUCUUCUUUGCAUCAAAAAUCAAAAGGUAUGGUUCUAUGUUCAAGUCUCACAUUUUGGGAUGUCCAUGUGUGAUGAUUUCAAGUCCUGAAGCAGCAAAAUUUGUGCUGAAUAAAGCUCAACUUUUCAAGCCAACAUUCCCUGCUAGCAAAGAGAGGAUGUUGGGAAAACAAGCUAUCUUUUUUCAUCAAGGAGAGUAUCAUGCUAAUUUAAGAAGACUUGUUCUUCGCACGUUCAUGCCGGUAGCCAUCAGAAACAUUGUUCCUGACAUUGAAUCCAUUGCUGAAGAUAGUCUUAAAUCAAUGGAAGGACGGUUAAUCACCACUUUCCUUGAAAUGAAAACGUUCACAUUCAACGUUGCUCUACUUUCAAUUUUUGGAAAAGAUGAAAUUCACUACCGAGAGCAAUUAAAACAGUGUUACUACACUCUAGAAAAAGGGUACAAUUCAAUGCCAAUUAAUCUUCCAGGAACACUCUUCCAUAAGGCAAUGAAAGCUAGAAAAGAACUUGCACAGAUCCUAGCUCAAAUAAUCUCAAGUAGAAGAGAGAAGAAAGAAGAAUACAAAGAUUUGUUAGGUUCAUUCAUGGAUGAAAAAUCAGGACUAAGUGAUGAACAAAUAGCAGAUAAUGUAAUUGGAGUUAUUUUUGCAGCUCGUGAUACCACAGCUAGUGUGCUUACGUGGAUUGUUAAGUACCUUGGUGAAAAUAUCAGUGUCCUAGAAUCAGUGAUUGAGGAACAAGAAUCUAUAUUGAAGAGCAAAGAAGAAAAUGGUGAAGAAAAGGGUCUUAAUUGGGAAGAUACAAAGAAAAUGGUUAUAACUUCAAGGGUUAUUCAAGAGACUCUUAGAGUUGCUUCAAUUUUGUCUUUCACUUUUAGAGAAGCAGUUGAAGAUGUUGAAUAUCAAGGGUAUCUUAUACCAAAAGGGUGGAAAGUAUUGCCACUAUUUAGGAAUAUACAUCAUAGUCCAAAUAACUUCAAAGAUCCAGAAAAGUUUGAUCCUUCAAGAUUUGAGGCUGCCACAAAACCCAAUACUUUUAUGCCAUUUGGCAGUGGGAUCCACGCUUGUCCUGGCAAUGAAUUAGCCAAGAUGGAGAUUUUAGUCCUCUUACACCAUCUGACCACAAAGUACAGGUGGUCUGUGGAGGGUACAAAGAAUGGGAUUCAAUAUGGCCCUUUUGCUCUUCCCCAAAAUGGAUUGCCCAUAACAUUAUAUCCUAAGAAGUAGAUAACACUUCAACAUAAGAUUGAUCAGCCACACCAUAUUCUAUAGAAUCAUUUUAAAUAUGGAAAUAAUGAAUUCUUAUCAUUGUUCUCAAAAUUGGCUCUAACUCUCUCAACAAAAUGAGGAAAGAUCAAGACAAUGUUGCAAGGGAGAUUAGAUCAACUCUUGCUUUCUUUUUGGCCUAUAGACACCCAAAGGGUAGUCUUGAGAAUAGAACAGAAAUAGGGAUGGAGUUUGUCAAGUGUAUAUAAGAGGUUUCAUAGCAAGAGCAAAUAGUUUGAGUUUUUAUUUUUUAUUUUUUUAACUUUAUUUUUCUUUCCAAUUUUGAGGAAAAGUCCUCAAAAUAUUGUAUUGGUAGUUGUUACUUGUUACAUUUUAUCUCACCUUUGUAACCUACAAAUAAUUUUAGUGUCCACCUAACAAAUUUCCUAAGGACAUUUGUUAGAGACACCUGAUUGAAUAAUUUUAAUUACUCAAAAAAUAAGUGUUCAA